UUUCAUUGUCAUUUUCUAAAUACUAUAAGAAAAGGAAAAUUGGAGCUAUCUGUGUGGCACCAUCUCUGUUGAUUACAAACAACCUAUGAUUCCACGUUCUUCAAUAGCUUGUUCUAAUCGGAUAAGACUAUGGCAGUUUUUAGGUAAUCGGAAAUUCUGAAUUAGUGAAGCUUUGUUUACACUUUACAGUGUUCCAAUGGAAUUUUGGUUCGUCAUCAUCCUUUCCAUCUGCCUCGCUGCCCUACUUAAGCUCAUCCUCGGCCUCAGCUCCUCACGCCGAAAGCUAAAACUUCCCCCAGGCCCACUGUCCCUUCCCUUCAUCAGCGACCUCUUUUGGGUCCGGAAAUCCUUCGCUGACCUUGAGCCCAUCCUCCGAUCCCUCCAUGCCAAGUACGGCCCUGUCGUGGCCCUCCGCCGGGGUGGCUCCCGACCCGCUGUCUUUGUCUCCUCUCGACUGCUGGCCCACCAGGCCCUCGUCCAGGAUGGUGCCACCUUCGCUGAUCGCCCGCCAACCGUGGGUGUUGAGACUAUCAGUACCUCUCGCCACAGGAAGAUCAACUCCACCCCCUAUGGCCCCAUGUGGCAGGUCCUCCGCCGCAACCUGACAGCAGAGUUCCUCCACCCUGUCCGUGUAAGGUCAUACUCUCCAGCUCGUAAGUGGGUGCUGAAAAAAUUGCUAGACAGUCUAAGGAGAGACGAACCGGUUCAGCCAGUGGGACACUUCCGGUGCACAAUCUUCUCUAUAUUGGUGCACAUGUGCUUUGGGGACAGGAUCGACGAGCAGCAGAUCAAGGAGGUGGAGGAGGUGCAGAGAGUGAUGCCACUGAUCUUGGGGCGGUUCGAGAUCCUCAACUUGUGGCCAAGCCUGGGGAAGGUUCUGUUCCGGCGGCAGUGGAAAGAAUUUAAUCGGCUCAGCCAGAAACAGAAGAAAGUGCUCCUUCCGCUCAUAAGGGUUCACGCCAUUGCCAGCAGGACCAAAAAGAGAAAGGAGGAGCAGGGGAAGGACUAUGGUGAUAAUGUGGUAUGUUAUGCAGACACAUUGCUCAACUUGGAGCUGCCAGAGAAGAGAAAGCUUAAUGAAGACGAAAUGGUGAGCCUCUGCUCAGAAUUUCUCAAUGGAGGGACUGGCAGCACCUCCACUGCGCUCCAGUGGAUAAUGGCCAACAUCGUCAAGUACCCAGCAGUCCAGGAGACCCUUUACAGUGAGAUCAGGGCCAUGAUCGGCCCCAAGGUGGUGACAGUGGAUGAGGAUGACCUGCAAAGGCUGCCAUACCUUAAGGCAGUGGUGUUGGAGGGGCUGAGAAGGCACCCACCUGCCCAUCACGUGCUCCCGCAUGCAGUGACUGAGGACACCGAACUUGACGGCUUCCUGAUCCCAAGGAAGGGGACAGUGAACUUUAUGGUGGCAGAGAUGGGCUGGGAUCCGGAGGUUUGGGAGGAUCCCAUGGCCUUCCGGCCAGAUAGGUUCUUGGUCAACAGACAUGGAGGUGGAGGGAUGGAGUUCGAUAUAACGGGGGCCAAGGAAAUUAAGAUGAUGCCAUUUGGGGCGGGGUUGAGGAUGUGCCCAGCAUACACCCUCGCUUUGCUCCAUUUGGAGUACUUUGUGGCAAAUUUGGUUUGGGCAUUCGAGUGGAAAGCUGUGGACGGGGAUGAGGUCGACUUGUCAGAAAAGGAGGAGCACACCUUCGUUAUGAAGAAUCCUUUACAGGCCAUUCUGACUCCCAGGUUGAAAUGAGGGAAGAUGAUGAUGAUGAUCAUUUCACGGAGUGUUGCAUCCCUGUGAUGCCGGAGCAAACAACUGCAACAAAGAUUGCCUUAUCUUUUUAGUGUAUUUGUUGAACAUGAGAAACUUUAUCAAACCUUCAGUCUUAUAUACGAAUCGAGUGACAGUAACGUAACGCUCA